AUGAAGGCUGUCUUAGUUCUGGGUCUGGCCGCGCUGGUGGCCGCCGGCGGCGGUGGUCUUGGACACGGACACGGACACGGACACGGCGGUGGAGGAGGAGGAGUGAUUAGCCUCGGCGGCGGCGGUGGCGGCGGCGGCGGCGGCGGCGGCGGUUUCUUCCACGGCGGCGGCCGAUCCUCAACGGCGGAGGCGUCGGCCUCGGCGGCGGCCUCGGCGGCGGAGGCGGCGGCAUCGUCGGCGGCAUCGGCGGUGGCGUCGGCGGCGGCAUCGGCGGCGGCCGUCGGCGGCGGCAUCGGCGGCGGCGGCUACGGCCAGGUGGACUUGACCUGGGGCUACAGCGAUUACCACUUCUCCUGGUUGCACGACUACGGCAAGAAGUACGACUUCGAUAGUGCCCAGUACUACUGCCGCAACCUUGGCUACGGCUGGCGGGGCAUCAGCAUCGAGACUCGGCAGGAGGAUGCCCUCGUGGACAAGAUUAUUUACGAGCACAAACUCCCGUACAUCUGGACCGGCGGCCGCAAGUACGGAUACAACUGGUUCUGGCCCUCCGGAAACUACUUCUAUGGCUUUGACUGGUCCUACACUGGCGGCAACGGUUACCCUCAGCCAGACAACCGUGAGGGCAACGAGUACGGCCUGGCAGUGCUCAACAACUUCUACAAGGAUGGCAUCGUGUGGCACGACGUCGCCCCUCACCACCAGAAGCCCAUCAUCUGCGAGCGCCCCUCAUUUGGCCACGGCCACGGCCACGGUGGCAGGGGCGGCCGCGGGGGCGGCGGCCGUUAUGGCUACGGUCACUAAGAAGUCUUAUUUAUGUAAGAGGUGGUUUCCUCUGUGUCUUGGUGAAUAAAUUAUCAACUAUUUACAA